CCGUACGCUUUCAUGGUAGAACACGCGCUCGUCGACUGCCCUCAGUCGAGUGCCAUGCAGACGCUGACUCCACAACCACACCGUGAUGCAGAUGAGGACCAGCUCGCCGACGAAUACGUUCAAAAUUUUGAACUUGAUCAUCUUGAAGACCAUCAUCUUGUUAAACGCGAGCCUUUAAGAACUGGAUGGCACGACCUUGUGGACGCCCUGCCUGCGUGCGCUCGCGCUUGUCGCCAGUGGCCUGAUGCAGGUCCUUAUCCCCAGCCGCAUGUCGCUAUCGCAGUUGACCCCAGCACGCCUCCAGAGACUCCCCCGGCCCCGAUCGGUCGUAGCCCCUGUCGAGCGGCACCAGUAGAUGAUGUGUUAUGGCUGCCGCAUAUGCGAGAACCAUUAGAUAUGCGUACAGUUCCAUGUGGUAAUUUUGAGGAAUGGGAUCGACGGGAAUGGAGAGACGAUCCUCAUCAUGUGCAACAAGUUGGGCUGCGCCCAGCAAGCUCAUGCUCUGCACUGUCUCCACGGACGGGGCCCCAUCCUUCGUAUCAGCCCUCAUCCUGUGGGGACGAUCUAAUAAGUGAUGAUUUGCUUAUGACUCUUAGCGUUCGGGAGCUCAAUAAGCGACUUCAUGGAUUUCCUCGGGAGGAUGUGACUCGCCUGAAACAAAAACGAAGGACCCUGAAAAAUAGAGGAUACGCUCAAAACUGCCGUAGCAAGAGACUACAGCAGCGCCAGGAGUUAGAAUUGGCGAAUCGUUCUUUACAAGACGAGUUGCACCUGCUACAGCUGCAGGUGGCACGCGUGACGCACGAGCGUGACGUGCUGAAGCAGAGGCUGUCGCUGAUGGGGCGCGAGCACGCGGUGCCGCAGCACGCAGGCCACGCGCCGCCCACCCCGCACUCGUCGCCGGAGUUCUUUUCGGAGCUGUGACGGCAGGGAGCGGCGCCGCGGGCUGCCGCCGCCGCCUCCGCCGCUGCCUCCAGCUCUUCAGCGGCUUGCGCCUGGCAGCGCUACUAAGCUCUCGAUGGACAGUUCGUGCUUUUGUUAAGUUUGAGGUUGAAUUAUUAUAAUCAGUUCCAGUUUUAUAGUUUUUUUAUUGGUGGAACAAUGUGGCCGUGGGAUUCGAUAGAGAUGGCUAAUAUACACCGUGUUAAAAGUUGUAUGGUUGUGUCGUAAUAUAUGCAUAGCUUCGUUAAUAUAAAUUUGUGUAUUGAUAAAUUAUAGGUACAUAAGUUUAAUGAUUCACCAACUGAUAA